AUGCCGGCAACUGCGGAAAAACGAAAAUUAUUAGUUGUUGGAGCUGGAGCAUCUGGAUUACCUUCUCUGAGACAUGCACUAAGUUACGAAAAUGUGGAUGUAACAUGCUUCGAAGGAACUGGGGAUGUCGGAGGAUUAUGGAAAUAUAAGCCAGAGGAAACUGAUCGUAAGUUGCGCUAACUAAUCAAUUAGCUAACUUGAAUUUCAGUCUCAUCCGUGAUGAAAUCAACAGUCAUAAACACAUCAAAAGAAAUGACAGCCUAUUCGGAUUUCCCGCCAGAAAGUCGAAUGGCAAAUUUUAUGCAUAACACUGAAAUGUACAGAUAUCUUUGUAAUUAUGCAGAUCAUCAUCAACUUCACAAAUAUAUCAAGUUUCAUCAUAAGGUUAAUUCAAUUGUUCGGAAUUCGGAUUAUGAGAAGACUGGGAAAUGGAAAGUCAACUAUACUGAUGAGUAAGUGGGGACAUUUAAACGCGCUAAAGAAGCGACUCCUAAUUUUUCACUAUAAAUCCUUAUUUCAGCAAAGGUGCUACACACGAAGAUGUCUUUGAUGGAAUCCUUUUGUGCUCUGGCCAUCACACAACUCCCAAUUGGCCAGCAAAAUUCACCGAUCAGGACAAAUUCGAGGGGCGUAUUAUUCACUCGCACAGCUACAAAGAUCAUCGAGGAUACGAAGAUAAAGUUGUGGUUGUUGUGGGAAUCGGUAAUUCUGGAGGUGAUGUCGCUGUUGAACUCUCCAGAAUUGCUAAGCAAGUCUACUUGGUGACACGAAGAGGAACAUGGAUCUUCAAUCGAAUUUUCGAUUAUGGUGUUCCUGUUGAUCUUGUUCUCAAUAGAAAGUUCUUGUUCAAUUUGAGAGCUAUGGUUCCACAAUGGAUUGGAGAUAGUGUCAUCGAACAUAAAUUAAAUUAUCGAUUCGAUCAUAAAGCGUACGGUUUGAAGCCAGAACAUCGAGUUUUUGGAGCCCAUCCAACAGUCAACGAUGAGCUUCCGAAUCGUAUUGCUUGCGGAACUGUGAGAAUCAAGCCGAAUAUCUCGAAAUUCACACAGAAUGGGAUUCUUUUUGAGGAUGGCUCAAAAAUCGAACAUGUUGAUGAAGUUGUAAUGUCAACUGGUUUUUCUUUCGAAUUCAACCUCGUUGAAAAUGGUGAACUUAUCAAAGUCAAGGAUAACCAAGUUGAUUUAUACAAAUAUAUGCUUCCUGUUGAAUUGGCAGAUCACAAUACUUUGGCUGUAAUCGGUUUGGUUCAACCAUUUGGCUCAAUCAUGCCCCUAUCCGAAAUGCAAGCUAGAGUGUUUUUGGAAGAAUUUAGUGGCAAAAAAGUGGUGCCAACAAAAACCCAAAUGCAAAAUGAUAUCAAAAAUAAGCGAGAUGCCAUGGCUAAAAGAUAUGUAUCGAGUAGAAGACAUACAAUUCAAGUGGAUUACGUGGAUUACAUCGAAGAACUUGCUGAACUUAUCGGAUGUAACGUGAAUAUUUGGGAACUUGUCAAAACUGAUCCAUAUUUGGCCUAUAAAGUCUUGUUCGGUCCAAUGGUCCCAUAUAUUUUCCGACUUAAUGGCCCGAAAAAAUGGGCUCAUGCUAGACAGGCUAUUUUGGAUGUUGAUGAACGUGUUCUUCAAGCCACGUGUGAUAAAGCUUUUGUAGAGCCCGAUUAUUCUUUAUUAUACAUUGUUGGAUUUUUCUUUCUUGCUCUUGCUUUGUAUCUUAUUUUUUAAUUUGAAAUAAAUCGAUUUUUCUCAAAAUAUCUCUUUUAUUUAUUGGCUCUGUCCGCAUGUAUCCCCUUUUCGUCUCGCGUCUCUUCUAUAUACACUGAGCAACCCACACUCUCUCGUUUCUCUCGCAAGUAAUUGUGUUUGUUGUCAACCGUUCCACAACACUAUUUUUGACGUACACUAAUGCACUUUUUGGAUUUGCCUCCUAAAUUUAUUCUAGAAGUUUUUGAGAAACUUUCACCGCAGGAUCUCGAUAAUCUUCGCCGAACUUGUCAGAUAAUUGGAGAAUUUAUCGAGGAUAAUCGAAAUUUCUUACAAUCGAGGAAGUUAUUGCAUUUGGAUUUGGUUAGAUUUUUUCAAGACAAUUUUAAAAGUCGCUUCAUUUUUUUAGGACGAUAGAAGGAUUCGAGCUUGGCAUGAUGUUUCAUGGUGUGAUCGAAUUCCACGUCAAUCUUUUGAUUAUUUGUCAAAAUUUUUUAAAAAUGUUGAAGCUCUCGUUUUGACAGUGGUAAUUUCAAUUUUUGUUUUAAAAAUUUUCCAACAAGAAAAACUUACAGAAUAAGUUGGACGAGGAGACCAGCGAGUUUUUGAUUCGACAUGCACGCAAAAACAACUUCCGAUUCGAGCAAUUGCGGCUUUUCCACUCGGUCAGUAAAUCCCUUCCUGCAAAGUAAAAAUAUGACUCGAAAAAAUACACAAACACACUAAAUAAAGCACCCAACACACCAAAAAUCAAUAACAAAAAAUAAUAUGAAAGUUGAUAUAGAUUACGGUGUUCGUAGGCGCAUGAUAAUAUUUGAGUGUGGUCUCAUAACGAUGUUGCAUGUGUGCCCCAUUGAUAACUAUUUGAAUUUGAAUUUGUCUUUUCUUUUUUUUUCUUCUCCUUUUUUGUGCACCUCUUUUUUUGCGUUUUUUAGAGUUCCCGCAUGUCGCUACAAUUAAAUUUCCUGAUAAAUUGAUACAUUAUUGCAUGCUUGCCAGGUUUUGAUUUGUUUUUGUUUUGUUUUUCACUAAGUGCUCCCAAUAAUCCGAAUUUUCGAUAAAUCCAGAGAAUUCCAGUUCACCGCAUCUCAUGAAACAAUCGCCAGGCUUCUCCAGUUUGCACAUUGUCGAACCGUGAAUUUCGAAGCGGUGCAAAGCAAUUUGAAAGCCGAACAUUUGAGUUUUCCAGGAUAUAAAAAUGUAGGCCGUAUUUCUUCCUGAAAAUUGAAAACAAUUUUGUUUAGUUGCGAUCGAUUUGUUUUGAAAUGGAUGAUAGUUUGGAGCCUGAAGAUUUUCAAAGAAUUUUCGAGUUGGAAAACUGCGUAAAUUUCAUUUUCCAUGGCUGCGAUAACAUUGACCAAACUUUUGUUCAAACAAUAUUCGAAAAGUUCUCGAAAUCUUUGAAGAGAAUUGAGGCCAUUCGAAUAACCGCUAAUAAAAAUAUCAAUUUUGAUACUAUUCUGGCUAAUAAUCCUAACUUGAGUAUGGUUCAAAAUGCAGUGUGGAAGUUAGAAAAUCCGAGUUACGAAAAAGGUAAUUCGCUAUAUUUUUUGGAAGAAACAUUUGAAAUGUUAUUUCCAGCAAUUAUAACAGUUCGCCGGAACGCUUUUCACUUCUUCAUGGCUUUCGAAGUCAACGACAAAAGGAUCGAAGAUAUUUUAUACAAAAUUCCCAUAAUCGAAUGA